AUGUGCAUCAGCCUGUACCAAGAAAUCCCCUCUCCGGCGCUAUGCUUUGUGCUCCGGUGGGCACAGCCUUUGCGUCAGCCAUACGCUUCACGGCCUGGGCACCCUCCUCUCUGGUGGCGUUUCUGCGCGUACACCCUGCCUAGAGCCACUGCUUUCCUUGCUCCCCACGAGCACGCGUGCGGCCUGGCAGGGACGGAGACGGUGUUUGCCCAGCCCUGCGUGCGGGGCUCCCCUCUCCCCCCGCCACAAGCGCACGCAGGGCACCGUCCCCCAGUGUCACCAUCCUGCCUGCCUGCGGCUCUGCGCGCCCGCCCCGCACCCCGUGCGCUGGGCACCCUUUCCGUUGGGGCCACCUCUCCGUGUCACACGGCAUGUGGGUGCGUGCCGCUGCUCGGGCACUCCCGCGUGCCCCCUCGCUGCAGCAUGCCGUCUGUCUUUGGGGCAGACCAAUACUACAUAAAGACUUGGAGCAGAGAAGCAGUUGUCCAUACAGGCUCCAAAGAUUAUGGAAUCACUGAAGAACAUGCCCUGGCAGUCACUGGAGGAAAACUGGAAUGGAGUGAAAGGAAAACACAUGUUUGGAAACUCAGAAAUGUUGAGAACAAAGUGAUGGGAGAAUGCAGUGAAAUUCUUCUGCUGUAUGCAUUUCCACUGGAGAAUAUGGAAAUGCUAAAUUUGACUGGAAAUGGGAAAAUGAAAAUUCUUAAAUCCAGUGAGGUCAUGGUUGGCUUAGAAGGUCAAGUUAACACUACUGCUGUAGCUGUGAUGACAAGGAUGUGGAAGGAUGCUGUCUCUGCACAUGUGGAUUUGCAGAAGUCGCUGCUCUCGGAUGUCAUUAUGCUGGGCCGCCUUAUUUUUAACACUAGUAUUGAAACCAUUGUGAUGAUUGGCAUUCAGCUUGCCAUCUCUCUAGUCCUUUUUUUGUGGGGAAGGUACUUUGUGCUGGACUUUGAGACGGGGAUUCUGCAGUAUUUCGUGAAUGAACAAAGUAAAAACCAGAAGCCACGAGGAACCUUAUCUUUAGCUGGAGCUAUAAUAUCGCCCAGUGAUGAAGUGCCACAUAUGUUGGUGGUCUACUCUGCUAAUGGAGAGAUGUAUAAGUUGAGAGCUGCUGAUGCAAAAGAGAAACAAUACUGGAUAACUCAGCUUCGAUCCUGUGCCAAACAUCACAAGGAAGGUAAUUCGAAGAGCAUUUCAUCCUCGCGAAGUAGAAGCUCAUCUCUGCUGCCACCUGGGACAGUUAAUGCUGCAUCUCCUAGUGGCCAGAAACAUAUGAAUCAAAGUGGGCCAACUGUUGUAACCAUCACACAUCACAAAUCACCUGCAGCUGCUCGAAGAGCGAAGACCCAGCGUUCUGGUCAACUCCAUGAAGUCAGAGAGAUCAUGAGCCAAGUUGAGGGACAACAGAAGAAUCUUGUACAAGCCAUUGAAGCUCUCCCAAGUUCUGGGCCCCUUUCUGCCUUGGAUCAGGACUUGCUGCUUUUAAAAGCUACCUCUGCUGCCACCCUGAGCUGCCUUGGAGAAUGCCUGACUCUAUUACAGCAAAGCAUGCAUCAAGUGGGACAGCAUCAUAACAGGACACUGUCAUCAGAAGGUAUCCUGGGAUGGCCUGGGCCCAAGUCACACUCCACAGACCAACUGAAAAAUGGUGCACUCAGCUCCUUAUCGUCUGCUAGUGCCAACAUUACAUGGGCAAUAGUACCAUCUGCAGCCCAGGAUGGACAGGCAUUGCAACCGAAUACAGAGCAUUCAGCUUCUGAGUUGAUCCUAGUUGAAGAUGAAAUGACAGAUACUGAAGAUAACGAAGAGGAGGAUUUAGGAGUCAUGGAUGAUCAACGUAGUGUAAUUCUCCAUCUCAUCUCUCAGCUCAAACUUGGCAUGGACCUUACCAGGGUAGUGCUUCCAACAUUUAUUUUGGAGAAAAGAUCCCUGCUGGAGAUGUAUGCAAAUUUCAUGGCCCAUCCAGACCUGUUUUUGUCAAUUGCAGCUGGAGCCACUCCCGAGGAAAGAAUUAUCUGCUUUGUGGAGUAUUAUCUAACAGCUUUUCACGAAGGCCGAAAGGGAGCGGUUGCCAAGAAGCCCUAUAACCCUAUAAUUGGUGAAACGUUUCAUUGCUCGUGGGAUGUGCCUAAAGAUAAAGUGAAAGCAUUCAGAACUAACGGUGCCUCCACGGUUUCUAAGGACCCCACCAAGGAGUUUGGCCAGGACCAGUCCACUUGCUACAAGCUGAGGUUUGUAGCUGAACAAGUAUCCCAUCAUCCACCGGUGUCUUGCUUUUACUGUGAAUGCAAAGAGAAGAAAAUGUGUGUGAACGCUCACGUAUGGACCAAAAGCAAGUUUAUGGGCAUGUCAAUAGGUGUUUCUAUGGUAGGUGAAGGUGUUCUUUACUUGAUGGAACAUGAAGAAGAGUAUGUUUUCACCCUGCCUAGUGCCUAUGCUCGCUCGAUACUUACCAUCCCGUGGGUGGAGCUUGGAGGGAAAGUCAACAUCAAUUGUGCCAGAACGGGCUAUUCUGCUACAGUCACCUUCCACACCAAGCCAUUCUAUGGAGGGAAGGUCCACAGGGUUACAGCCGAAGUGAAACACAAUCCCACUAACACCAUUGUAUGCAAGGCACAGGGAGAAUGGAACGGUACGCUGGAAUUUACUUACAGCAACGGAGAAACCAAAGUGAUUGACACUAACAAACUGCCUGUUAUCAGGAAAAAGAUUAGGCCGAUAGCAAAGCAAGGCCCGCUGGAAUCAAGGCACCUUUGGCAACACGUCACCAAUUCUCUGAAAGAAGGCAAUAUCGAUGCAGCAACAGAACACAAGCACCGCCUCGAAGAGAGACAGCGAGCAGAGGAGAGGCAACGUGCGGCUCUUACAGCCCCGUGGAAACCAAAAUAUUUUGCCAAAGAGGGCGAUGGUUGGCUGUACUUGAAUCCUCUCUGGAAGACCCAUUGACGGGAUAGAGCAGUUGCCUCGCCACUUCACCUUAAAGGCAUUAAAAUGAUACAGUAUAUAACUU